CCCUUUCUCUGAUGGAUGUAGAUGCCAGGAGAAGCCAUGAAGGCCUCGAUAUAUAGGAAUUCUAUCCGCUGUCACCUACUUGAUCCUGUCCAUCAUUACCACUGGAUUUGUCUCGAAGAAUCUAGUCUCGUUCCAAUUUACUCCCGCCUCCCAAUUCGGGGCAUACUGCCAUGGCGCGCCGGCAAAAAGAAAGAGACGUCGAGAAGGACCCAAACCGUGAAUACGACCUGGGUGUCAAGCCUGAAGGCGAUCCUGAAGGGAUCUCUGGAACAGAAUUCGAGUCGAUUCGGACCCGUGAACCGGCCUCCCAAUCACGGCCACAUUUAAGCUCCUCCCACUCCCUGAGAGGAUCUAGCGAUCGAUCCAUCAAGCGCUCAAUCAGUCUAACACGGUCUCAAAACGGAUACGGCUGUGACGACUAUUUGCCCGAAGAUGAUGGUGAAUUCAAAUCCUUGCCCGGAACAGCCCAUCCUGCCCGUGACGACAAGGAUCCCUUCGACGUAGGCUUCGAAGGAGGUGAAACCGAUCCCACAUGUCCACGAAGCAUGUCGAAGGUCAGGAAGUGGAUAAUAGUAAUCAUCGUCUCACUCGGGAGCUUCUGCGUGACGGCUGCGAGUUCCAUUUACUCAUCCACGUAUGCCCAGAUGAACGCAGAGUUUGGCACCUCGAGGAUCGUCGCCACUCUCGGUCUCAGUCUUUUCGUACUCGGCAUCAGCUUUGGCCCCAUGAUGCUGAGUCCAUUGAGCGAGUUCUAUGGCCGACGGCCUAUCUACAUCGUCGCCUGGUCGCUCUAUCUCAUCUGGACCAUACCCUCUGCCGUGGCCAAGAACAUAGAAACGAUGCUCAUCGCCCGAUUCUUCACAGGCCUCUCGGGUAGCGCCUUUUUGGCCGUUUCUGGCGGGACGGUAGGCGACCUCUUCAACAAGCAAGACCUGCAAGCCCCUAUGAUUCUAUGGUCCCUUGCGCCCUUUUGCGGCCCGGCACUCGGUCCUACCCUCGGCGGUUUCAUCAAUUACUUCACCAACUGGAGAUGGACCUACUAUGUCCUAAUCAUCUGGGCUUUUGUCAUGCUUGUAGCCAUUGUCUGUAUCGUUCCCGAGACGUAUCAUCCUGUGGUCCUUCGUGCCAAAGCCAGGAAGAUCAGGAAAGAGACAGGGGACGAGCGGUGGAAAGCACCCAUGGAAAAGACGGACAAGUCCAUCGCGAGGACCAUCGGCCUGUCGCUCCUUCGGCCAUUUCAGCUGCUCUUCUUCGAGAUGAUGGUCCUCAACCUCUGCAUCUUGACCGCCCUCUUGCUGGGCGUCUUGUACCUCUUCUUCGGCGCGUUCCCCCUCGUCUUCUCCACCACGUACGGCUUCAACCUAUGGCAAGUCGGUCUCGCCUUCAACGGCAUCAUUGCCGGCAUGGUCAUCGCCGCUACGAGCGACCCUUUAUGGCAGCGCAUCCGCAACCGCCUUGUCGCCAGGCUGGAGAUGGAGUCCGGUGUGGAAAGCAGUAGCGAGCCCGAGUUCCGGCUGCCCCCUGUCGUAUGCGGAUCCGUCCUCGUCACUAUUGGCCUCUUCAUCUUUGGCUGGACGCUGUUCCCCUGGGUUCAUUGGAUUGCCCCUAUUAUUGGGUCAGCUGUCUUUGGUGCUGGAACCCUGCUUGUCUUUAGUGGCGUAUUUACAUUCCUCGUUGAUGCGUAUCCCCUGUACGCGGCGAGCGCCUUGGCUGCCAAUGCGUUCACAAGGUGCCUGUUCGCCGCUGCGUUCCCUUUGUUUGGAAACCAGAUGUAUGAGAGGCUUGGAUACCCUUGGGCGACGUCGGUCCUCGCCUUCGCAACGCUCGCGAUGCUACCAUUUCCUUACAUAUUCUUCAGAUAUGGCAAAAGGAUUCGAAGUCGGAGCCGAUUUGCCGCGGGCUGAAGGGAUAGUUUGAUGCCUGAGACAGACAUUUUUCAGAGCCGUUGGCUUGACGGUAUUGUGCAUUUAUUCGCCAAAGCCUGGGGCCUUCGUAGGGACAUGUUACUUCAUCGAGCGAAUGGAGGGUGGCAAAGACAUGGGCUUGGGGGAGCCUCUCGCUAACUCUUUCGAUAAGGAGCAAUCGUCCGGGAUGCGGUGUCAGAGGGAAGCUGUUGAUUACUAGCCAGCCCUUCGCCCAUCCAAUGAAUCCCUGGCUGGGUCGCUGGCUGGGUCGCACCUUGGGACGCCCUUCCUGAGGAAGAAUCGAAUCGGCCAAGUCUGGUUUGCUGCUUGCUUGCUACAAGUGCAAAGCUGUUGCUCUAGGACUAGUGAAAAGUGAAAGCCGCUGUGCGUCCAGAGCCUUACGCGCGCCAC